ACAAACACCGAUAAUGAUGGCAUUACAGAGACGACACUAUGAUGUGUAUCAUCUCCUUGUAUCUGAGGGUUCUGAUCUGACAGUUACUGAUGAAAACAAUACUGACCGCCCAAAGUUGGCAUGUGAAGGAGGUAACAUAUCUAUUGUGAAACACAUCCUAUCCAGGAAAGCAUGUGACAUCAACAGACGGGGAGGAAAGUCAAAACAAACACCGAUAAUGAUGGCAUUACAGAGACGACACUAUGAUGUGUAUCAUCUCCUGGUAACUGAGGGUUCUGAUCUGACAAUUACAGAUGAAAACAACACUGACUGCUUGAUGUUGGCAUGUCAAGGAGGUAACAUAUCUAAUGUGAAACACAUCCUAUCCAGGAAAACAUGUGACAUAAACAGACGGGGAGGAAAGUCAAAACAAACACCGAUAAUGAUGGCAGUAGAGACACUACUCUAUGGUGUGUAUCAUCUCCUUGUAUCUCAGGGCGCAGAUCUGACCAUAACUGAUGAAGACAACACAGACUGUUUGAUGUUGGCAUGUGAAGGAGGUAACAUAUCUAUUGUGAAACACUUCCUAUCCAGGAAAACAUGUGACAGCAACAGACGGGGAGGAGUGUCAAAACAACACCGAUAAUUAUGGCAUUA